AAAAUAAAGUCAAUAAGCAUAGUAAAUACCAUUCAGAUUGGCUGAAGCUUCAUGAAAGUGACCGCUGUGCAACAAAACGUGACAAUUCCAAAGGAUUUAAGGUGGCUGAACACGGUGGCCAUGACGAGAGGAAGGUAAAUACCUGCAACAGAGACAUUGAUAAACAAUACAGAUAUCGUUCAGGGUCUGUCUCGGUUUCUGAAGCAAUCUAUAAUCGAUACAAUGCAGUAUUGAAGCGCGUAGAGGAUUUAUCGUCUUCAGCAGUUACGGAAAAAGAAACACAUAAAGUCAACCCUCCACGUAUAUUCGGUGGCGCAUCCAGCAAUAGUAAUCCGAGCUCAAAUACAACGCAGGACACAGUCAUACCGCCAUACAAGACCGAUGUACCUGCCAAGCCCCAGCAUCAGCCAAGUUUUUAUCUGGAACCAGAAAAAAACUGUGGCCAUUUUGAACCGAAUUCUGCAGCAAAGCCCGUUCUUAAAUUUUUCGAAGAGCCACAUCCGGAUUCAGUGACUCAAUGGAGAGCAGUGCCACUACUAGAGUCGAUAUCUGAAUCCUCGAACUGUUCGCACUGUACGUUCACUCUACCAUCUAAAACCCACACUUUUAGUCAGAAAGAAAAAUCAUUUACCCGUUGCCAUUUGCCCAAAAGACCUAUUAUAGUAGUGGCCUCGGGGAAAGGAGGUCCAGGGCCACACUUGAAGAAUGGCCCCAAGCCGAAGAGUACAGUAAUUGAUCGUCCCGUCCAUUCCGCAUUAAAGGCCAAACCGAAGUGGUAUAAAAGAAUCGAUAUUAAGGGGAAAAAACCAGAAAAAGCCCCUUUCGAUUCCCAAUUUGUGCAACCGUAUUUACAGACGGAGAACCUUCAGGAUUCUUCCUGCUCAUAUCCCAUACGGGCAGAUCACGAGAGUUAUUCCUUUGAUCUUGGGUUAAUAUCUGCAAUAUCGAAGCAGCUACCCGAGCCGAAGAAUACAGUAAUUGAUCCUCGCAGCUAUUCCCCAUCAAAGACCAAACAUAAGUGGUUUAAACGAAUCGAUAUCAAGGGGAAAAGCCAAGACAAGUCCCGUCUCGAUUCCCAGUUUUUACAGCCCUCGUGCUCAUAUCCCACACAGGCGGAUCCCGAGAGGCAUCCUUCCGAAUUUGGGUUAAUAUCUGCCAUAUCCAAGCAGUUGUUCGAGCUGAACAAGAAAUUGGAUAGAUUGAAAAUCAUGAAGAUAUUCGAUAUACGCAAUCAUAUGGAUUCCCUCAUCGCCAAUGUCAAAUCGCUCAAUCGGGAGUUUCAGGACAAGCAAAUGGAUGCAAAGAGGCCAGCUGAGCUAAAGAAAAUGUCAAAUCAGAAAAACUCGAAACUUAAGGAUCGUUCAUCGAGUCAUUGCGUGUUCUGUAAGGACAAGAAUCUACCAAUUCUGAACAGUUUUCACCGCGAGCUUAUCGAGCUGAUUGGCGGCCUCAGUUUCAGUGAGGUUUUGAUGUCGGUUUUGCUGCGGUGCGAUAAUGUCUACCACGUGAGAGUUCAUGACAUGAUCCACGAUAAGGUCCUGGGCUGUUUCUUGGUAACCGAUGAAGGCAUCGAGGAGGCCAUCAAGCUGGGUGUCUUCGAACAGACAUUGACAUUAAGUGUGGUCGAUUUGCGAAACACACUCAAGCCAAGAAAGCGUCCCCUGGGCAUCGCUUUCGAGUACUCAGACGUGAGGCGAUAGAGGGAGAACGAGGGUAUUGUGGAGACGGAUACCUGAAGGACUAAAAAACUAAAGAUUAAAUGAUUCCAGCAGU